ACUGGCUGCGAGCGGCUCGGCGCGCUCCCUUCCCGGGCGGGGGAAUCCGGGCCGGGUUGUGGCCGCGGCCGCGUACGUGAGCGCAGUGUCCCGGAGAGGGAGGGCAGGCCGGCCAGGUGGGCGCGAAGGCGGCGGCGCGGGAGGCGGCGCAGUGCAGGGGCCGCGCCGGUGGCGGGCAGGGCCGCGGCCGCUGCAGGGAGUCGAGCUGUCCGGGCCGGUGGCCGGCGGAGCAGACUGAGGAGCAGAGUAUCCAGCAUGCUGUCCCGACGCCUUGGUAAGCGCUCCCUCUUGGGAGCCCGAGUGUUGGGACCUAGUGCCACCGAGGUGCCCUCAGGGGCCAGCUUGCCUCUGGAGCCACAGAUAGAAGUGCCAGAAGGAGCCACAUCCCCGUCCUCACUCACCUCUAAGGAACCUGUGUGCCAGGAGCCGCCCAAGGAGGUCCUCAGAGCUCUGGGUACCUCAAGUCACCCACAGGUGGCCUUUCAGCCUGGACAGAAGGUCUGUGUGUGGUAUGGGGGUCAGGAGUGCAGGGGCCUGGUGGAGCAGCACAGCUGGGCUGAGGACAAGGUGGCCGUCCGGCUGCUGGACCAGAAGUUACAGAUCUGCUGUAAGGUGGAAGAGGUGUGGCCGGCGGAGCUGCAGGGUGCCACAUCCCAGGUGCCAGCCUACAGGCCCGUGUCUAGGAACAUCGACGUCCCGAAGAGGAAGUCGGAUGCGGUGGAGAUGGACGAGAUGAUGGCCGCCAUGGUGCUGACGUCUCUGUCCUGCAGUCCUGUAGUGCAGAGUCCUCCCGGGGCUGAGCCCAUCUUCUCUGUUUCCCGUGCAGCCUGCGGUGACCCGUGGAAGGAGAGCGGUGAUGUUUCAGACAGUGGCAGCAGUGGGCACUGGAGCGGGAGCAGUGGCAGCUCCACCCCCUCGCCCCCCCAUCCGCAGGCCAGCCCCAAGUACCUGGGGGAUGCCUUUGGGUCUCCCCAAACUGAUCAUGGCUUUGAGACUGAUCCCGACCCUUUCCUAUUAGAUGAACCAGCCCCACGAAAGAGGAAGAACUCUGUGAAGGUGAUGUACAAGUGCCUGUGGCCCAGCUGUGGCAAAGUUCUUCGUUCAAUCGUGGGCAUCAAACGACACGUCAAGGCCCUCCACCUGGGGGACACUGUUGACUCUGAUCAGUUCAAGCGGGAGGAAGACUUUUACUACACAGAGAUGCAGAUGAAAGAAGAGUCUGCUCUGGCUGUGGCUGCUGCGCCUGCCCCUGGGACACCUACAGGCGAGCCAGCGUCCACCUCCCGGGUGGCCAGCCCGUCCCUUGCUGCUCUUUCAUUGCCUCCAGCCAAAGUCCAGUCGUCUGGCCCAGAACACCCCGGCCUGGAGUCUUCCCUGCCCUCAGUUGCACUCAGCAAGUCAGCCCCUGGCUCCUUUUGGCACAUUCAGGCUGACCAUGCAUACCAGGCUCUGCCAUCCUUCCAGAUUCCUGUCUCCCCUCACAUCUACACCAGCAUCAGCUGGGCUGCUGCCCCUACCACCACCUCCUCCCUCUCCCCGGUCCGGAGCCGCUCACUUAGCUUCAGCGAGCCCCAGCAGCCGCCACCCACAGUGAAGUCUCACCUGAUUGUCACCUCCCCACCCCGUGCUCAGAGCAGCACCAGGAAAGCCCGUGGAGAGGCCAAGAAGUGCCGUAAAGUGUAUGGCAUCGAGCACCGGGACCAGUGGUGCACAGCCUGCCGGUGGAAGAAGGCUUGCCAGCGCUUCCUGGACUGAGCCUGCCUCCGCUAGCCCUGCUCCUCACCCUGCUGCAGCCGUCAGUAGAACACAGGGAGAUGAUGCGGCGUGGACGUGGGCAGCUGGGGCUCCAUUGGCUAAGAUAGAACACUUAAAAAAAAAAAAACACUUUCUCCCCCUUGUUGGGAGUGCUUUAUUUUUUAAAAGCAAACCUAAAUGAAACUAUUUUUCCCCUUAAAAUAGGAGAGAGCCAAAAUUGACCAAGGGUAUUCUACAGCGAACUGGAGACCAAAGAGAUCCCCCUCUUACCCCACCCCACCCCACCCUCUCUGGGACUACAUAUGCAUCAAAAGUAGGACAGGAUGCCUUGCCCGUUUCGUGCUGAGCUGGCAAAUCCUUUGCUCUUUCAGUAUUCAGGAAUGGACUGUGAGCAAAUGAAUUCCCGCCCCCCCCCCUUUUUUUUUAUGGAAAAACAACCCCUUUCUGUCAGGUAGAUGGCCACCCAGGGAGCGGUAGCAGGGCCCUGAGAAGAGCAGGCAGUGUGCUUGUUGAGAUAUGGUUUGACUCCUGUUGGAGCAGCUUCUGCAGACAGAAAAGGGACACCCUUUUAUGGUGGCAACUUUUGGAUCUGGGUACCUCCAGAUGUUGGGCUGCAUGCCAGUGAACACGUGGCUUCUUCUCAAAGCCUGUCUCAAAAAAGCUGAACCAAGGGCUUGAGAGUGUGCCCUGGAAACACUAUCCUGCGCAUCCUUCAGCUCGGAGAGGAAGUGCGGAGGGGCUUCAUAAAAACCCUGCUCCAUCUGAGUAAAAUCCAUCCUGAGGCCUCUUCCCUCCAGAGUGCCACAGAGACACUAGAAUGUCAGGUGGUCAUGUCUAAUGUAGAAGUCUUCAAUGAGGAAGACUUUUUUCCCUUGGGGUCUCUGGAAGAUCCUAGCAGACUUUGCCUCUGGGCCUGCCAACAUGAUUUCCAGGUCCCAACUGUUUUGGAUUGACAUCCCAGGUGUCACAGGCUCAGGGAGUGGCACCAGGUCACCUCUCCGGGGACUGAGCAGCAUUGGCUCAUGAGUUGUCAUGGAGACUGAGGCUCCACCGGCCGUGUCACAUGGGAACCAUCUACUUUUCAGUCUAAGAUACACUAAGUACUAGUAGAAAACCUGUGACCCUAAGAGAGACUGUGUGUGCGGUGAAGGGUGGUGGCCUGGGCUGCUGACGGAGGGGAAAACCAGUGUCUAGGUGUCUUUGGUAGGGGUGUAUUUUUAUAGCACAGAGUUUUUGAACAUGCAGGAACCCCACCAAGAGGCUCUCCUCUCCCCUUCUUAAUCCCAGUGUAGACUGAGUGUCUACUCGAGCAAAGGGGUUUUAAUCCCAGCCUUGGUUUGGAGCUUGCAGACAUAACUGAAUAUAAUUUCCUCCAUUUGAAGCAGGCUUCCUAUGCCAUUAGCAUGCCAGACAGAAGAGGAAGAGAGAAAAGACAGGACUUGAGAUGGGUUAAAAGCUGAAGGAGUUCUGAUUUUGUUUGGUUCUUUAUUCCAUCUCUGUGCGGCCUCUCGAGCCUACAUUCAUUCCCUCUUCCCUGGCGGUGUUGGCCUCCUGCCUGCUGUCAUACGUCCCCCUUUUGCUCCCCCGUCCCAAUCCCGAUGCUUUCAUGUUGGUUCCUGACACAUGGUCUGGCUUUGGGUUUGAAGGGCAAGGGUGGCUUGUGAACACACCCAGCCAUCAGGCCCACUUUGUCAUUGUCAUCUCUAUCUCCCUGCUCCCCAGCCCCGUGGGUUUGGAAUCUGACCUGGUGAAGGCCACAGGCGUGCUUUUGAAACCAACAGGGUCUAGCCUGCAAACAGUUAUCUUGGGAAACUAUCCAGCCACGUUUCUGCUAUUCAGAGCUCCCAGAGUUACCUUCAGAUGUGGGGCCUUGUUGGGAGCAACCUCAGUGGGUCUGCACUACACUCACUCCGUGCUGCGAGUCCAGGGAUGCUGUCUGUGGCCGCUGAAGUCUCAGGUACGAAGCCAAAGGGUUCUCCAGGAACCAAGGCUUGGAUCUGGAAGGCUUUAACUUGGCCCUGAAAGCAAUGUCACCACUUCAGAUGGUAGCGUGAGCCUUGUCGGAGUGAGUGUGUAGCUCGAUGCCUUAGAGGACCCUAUGAAAUUGGGGGAAAAAAAUCUGUUACUUUCUGGUCACCCAGGUUCUGACUUUACACGGGGCAAAAAAAAAAAAAAAAAAAAAAAAAAAAAAAAAAAAACACACAAGGGAGAACCCCAUCUGUGAAUUUGUCUUUUCUGCGCUUCUCCCCUCCCCUGUCCCCGCUGUCUUCCAAGUAUUAUUUUUACUGUUAAGACUUUUUUUUUUAAAUGUGAAAUGAAAUGUAAUGUUUUUACAGCAAUGAUAUGAAAUAUAUUUUAUAAGGAAUAAAAUGGUACAUUGUCUGA